AUGGUUCCGACGUGUUCAACUGUCAUCGCUCCAAACCUCAAACUUCAACUUGAUUGUCACGUGGCCCGACCCACUCUAAAGUCCGAACCCCCGGUCCGAAUCAGCUUGGCUUGCAUGACGUGUCGAUCACGUAAGGUGCGCUGCAAUGGAGAAUCGCCCUGUAGUUCCUGUCUUGCCUCAAAUCGAGAUUGCUUCUUUGAUCAAGCCAAAUCAAAACGAAGGCGAAAGUCUGGCGCCGCAAUCCAUAACUCGUCCAAGCAUUCUCAUCAUGAACAUACCAGCCAUCGCAAGUAUGACGAAAAUAAAUCACCGUCCAUUGGUGGAAUCUCACAUACCAACUCAUCGGAAUUUUCUGAAGACCAAUCAUCCUCUCAACUACCCAAUCCAACUCGAAUACCUUACUUCCGGUUUUUGGGACCCACCGCCAUUGCACCUGGCGCGCCGUUUCGUGAGAUCAGUCUGAAGUUAGUGCGCGAGUCAGGGAAUAAAGCACCCCAGAGUCAGACGGCUCGGCCAAUGAACCUGGACCGGAUGGCUCCCCCAACGGCAGCCACAUCAGCCCCGAUCAGCAGUCAGCUCUAUGGCACGCCGGCUCAGGUGGCGGCGGACUUCGGACACGACAGCCCAUUCAAUCUGACGGAGGAACAAUUCCGCCGGAAUGCGGAUGUGUUCUAUGACAAUAUGGGCUCGUACUUGGGAUGUAUCAGAAAGGAAGAUCUCUUGCAAAGCUUAUCUCAAGGGAAAGCAAGUGAGGCACUCAAGCUGGCCAUCUCGGCACUUGCGGAAUGCAUCCAUCCUUCCUCAUCGGCGGUCGACUAUGCAGAGACCUACUCGCGUCGGGCCAAGUUACUAUGUCUCCCACAUCUCUCCCUACCCAGCUUGGAUACCACUUUUACCUUACUUUUAUUGGCCUAUUGCGAGUUUGGACGCGAAAAGGACUCCGGCCUGUGGAUGUGGAGUGGGCUCGCAUUCAGGAUGGCCACUGAUCUAGGUCUCCAUAAAUCCUCUUCCGCUCUUCAAGGCUACCAAGAGCCAUCCUCUUCCUCAUCACCCGCGGGUACCUCAUGGGACCAAUCCGAGGCCGGACUCCGCCAACAAAUCUUUUGGUGCUGCUAUCAUCUCGAUCGGUUGAUCUCGAGUGGAACUGGUCGGGUGGUCACCUUACUCGACUCAGAGAUCGAAAUCGAUCUACCUUCUUUACAAGUUGUUAGCUCUGAGGAGCCACUCCAGCAUCCUCAACUAAUUUCGAACCCCUCUCAGGAACCGCUCCUGUCGCCCUUUCAUCAUUUGACACAGAUCUUGAUCCUCGUCGGGAAAAUUUCCGACGCGUUCAAUCGGAGUAAACUUGCCCCUCAUUCAUUUUCUCCUUCGUCACCUUCUUCCGAGCCGGAAGCUAAAACUUUGGAACAUUUUCGCACUGAGCUUCAUGACUUUUAUACCCGCCUACCCCCGGUUCUUCAUUUUACGGUUGAUAUUGCUCGACGACAUAUCAGCGUGAAGAACGGACCAGCCUUUCUACUAUUGCAUCUCUGGUUUCAUUCGCUAGUUAUCAUCACUCACAAUCCUAAUAGUGUAGGUCCUGGCUGGAGUUCACUUGAUGUUGGACCGAUGGAGCCUCUUCUUCUAGAGAUAAGUCAGGGAAGCGUACGGACGAUCAGUGAUAUGAUUGCAUUCACGAACGUGAUUGAUCCAGAUAUCGUGCCCAGUUUGCCGUUUGCCAGCCAGCCGAUUCUGAUCGCCGGACUGGCCAGUAUCCCCAGCCACGCUAGCCAGUCACCGAAUCAAGCACCAAUCCAAGCGGCCGACUGGCGAGAGUUUGAGAUUUGCUCGGCGGCCUUGUGCAAGAUGCAAACGCGCUGGAGGGGCGUUGGCUGGCUGGUCUCCACCCUCCACAGUCGUGCAAGGAACGAGCAAGAUGUCGACCUGUCAUCUUCCGGUGGCGCCGAAGUUAGCACUGCUGAUAAUAGCUUGAUGAAUAAGCUGCUCGUCAGAAAGUCCGAGCCCGAGUUCCUGAAUCCGACCGGUUUCCCUUAUCCCAAUGAAAGCCAUCAUUUCGUUGGGCUUAGUGCUACUGGAACUUUUCAUGAGCCUGCAAGUGGUCGCUUAUCACUCGUACACCAACCAGAAAUACGUUUUUCCACUAGUGCUGGACCAGCAGACUUCAUUGCCCCCAAUGAAGACCAGAAAUGGACAGGAGCGGAGCCGAUGGGACAGCCGACAGUCAAUCAACUCGGGAGACUUAAGCUGAGCGUACCAGCAGAGGAUGAACACGUCCAGGGAAGGUCGAGCGGAACCGAGCUUCAAGAGCACCUGGCUGGCUUGGCGCCGGGCCCAGCACUGGACUCAGCGGACUACAGUCUUCCGGCUUGUCCGACAGUCAAACAGAGUCACCAAGGCGGAGAUAGCUUUAGCAGCCCAGUGACUGCCAAAGAGAAUAUGCUCACUCCAGGACCUCAGUCGUCGUCUGCGUCAUCCUAUUGGGUAAGCCAGCCGAUCCCUCAGAUCUUUUGGCCAAAUCUCCCCAGUCUCGAGGUGCUCAACCACCACAAGCCCGGUGGCCCUACUCUUACUGGACCGACGGACGAGAAUUAUCACGCGGAUAAGGGCCCGGCUGCCAACGAUCAGUCGGUCAAUCUCUGUACCUCUCAGAAAGAUCCUGCGUGUACGACGAUAGGAGUGAAGAAAGAAAUCGAAGAUUUGCAGCAGUCUACCCCAAGCAUCCUCGAUCCAUUUUCUCUUCAUGCCGACAACAAUCGUUGCUUUGAACACCAACCCCAGCCUCACCAAUCACCCUCUCCCGUGUUUGCUAAAGAAGUCUGGGACCAUUUGUUUCGUGGCGAGACGGACUUCCUCUUCUGCUUGAUGUAUUGA